ACUCAUGACAUCACUAUAAAAAACCCGUAUGCAAUAACUCGUUUUCCUCAAGUCUUAUUUUAUAAUCUUUGUUGUUUACUUAAGUUUAUUAUUGACUUCUGAACAGCGCGAUUGUGUGGAGAAUGAAGUUAAUUUUGGCGGUGUGCUUGCUGGUAUGGGGAUGUCAAGGACAGAAAAACAAUUUCUUGGGCCCAAAUAAAUGGCUUGGAACCUUUUUAAAUCCGACAAAUAAAAGACCCACGGAUUGUUACACUGAGAAGCAGGAACAGGGACAAUGUGUGAAAUUGUCAGAAUGCAUGGACAGCAACGAAAUCGACUUGGAAAAGAUGGACGUUUAUAGAGAUCAAAGCUGCCACUACUUGAAGAUAUGCUGUCCAAGCAGUCGAUUGGUGACUGGAACCGUGACUCCACUUCCAAUGCCGAAAAAGAGGCCAGGAUGUGGAUGGAGCAACCCAGGCGGCUACGCAUUCCGCGACUCUUCAAAGACGCACGCCGAGUUCGGAGAGUUUCCCUGGAUGGUUGCCUUGAUGAGGAAAGUCAAUCAGAACCAGGAAUGGGAUCCAAAGGAUUACUUGGGAGGUGGAACUCUGAUCCACCAUUCGGUGGUGAUGACUGUCGCUCAUAAACUCAAGGCUAUUAAUAACGACCCGUCUUUGGUAAAAUGCCGCCUUGGCGAAUGGGAUACGCAGAAUACGAACGAAAUUUAUCCCCACCAAGAUCAGGAUGUCAGUAAAAUCCUUAUUCAUGAACAGUUCUCUUCAAAGACAUCAGCAAAUGACGUUGCCCUAGUAAUUACAUCGUCCCCAUUCGAUCUUACUGAUCCCCAUGUGGGGAUUGCCUGUUUGAGCUUCAACGAGCCUAAAAUGGAUGCCAAUUGUUUUAGUAUGGGCUGGGGUAAGGACUUCAAUAAUAAUGACAAAUACGCUGUUUGGUUAAAGAAGGUGGCAUUACCGAUAGUUGACCACGGAACAUGUGAAUAUGCCUUACAAGGUUCGCGGUUGGGAAGUAACUUCAGGCUGCAAAACUCAUUGAUAUGUGCUGGAGGAAGGAAAGGCUUUGACACAUGCACUGGUGAUGGAGGCUCAUCACUUGUUUGUCGCACUUCGAGCGAUGGCGCUCCAGCCCGUUACUCAGUGUUUGGAAUGGUUGCAUUUGGCGUCGAAUGUGGUACAGAACUACCCGCUGCGUACGCCAACGUACCGGCGAUGAUUGGAUGGAUUACUGAUAAAUUUGCUGAAGAAAAACUUGACGUUCCGUUCAUCGCUUAAUGGUUUGAGUUAAAUAUUUUCGACAAGCCACGGUAUGCGCUAUGACGAUGUUAUGAUAGCUUUUAUUUUCUUGAGUUUUAAGUAUACAAGCUACAUACAACAAUCCUAGUACUAAACACUUCGUUUUCCCUCUCUCUCAACAAUGAACAACAACAAACGCUCUCCCUAUUCAGUUAGUUUCUCUUUUAGAUGGUCUCAGAACGGUCGGCAUUAAUGAUGUUUUUUGGUUUUAAACUAUAUUUAAAAAGGUUUUUAUAUAUUGAUAAAAUUCUAUAAAAGCCUAUUAAUCGUUACUCCAUUCCAUCAUGAUAAGAAAAAGCGUGACCUUGUAGUGCAGUAUUUAACAAGUAGGGAAUCGCGAGAGUUGUUGAUUCUCUCACAUGGCCUAUUCGCGUCUUUUCACUCCUCGUCUUGCCCCAUCGAGUGUAGAACGAAAAGAAGAAAAAUACGGAAGUCAUAGUGCUCGGGUUAUUGACAAUAUGAAGCAACUAAUAAUUACGAAACUCAAAAAUAUACUCAAAUACACGAUUAAAUACUAAGCUAUUUUACAAUAAACCAAAGAGUAUUUUUAGAUUGCACCAUCCAUACUAAUCCGUCAAACGUAAAAAGACGCUGACGUUUCAGAUGUCAACGCGAAACGUCAGAUUUUUUCCUUCUGUACAAUGUCAUUAGUAAAUAAAGAAUACGCAGUUA